UUUUGCUGGAAAAGCCAAACGUCCACCGCCAAUUGGGUCGCACAUGGAACGUUUGGAGGAAGUGAACUCAGAUUGCCACCGCCAAUUGGGUCUGUACAUGACAAACUGGCCUUUUCAUCAGGUAAUCAAAAAAAAUCACUUGAUGACAAAUCGCCAAUUGGGUCUAUACAUGAGAGAUUUGAGCAAAGUUCACGUUCCCAGUUUGCCACCGCCAAUUGGGAUAUCUUUGUCAAGAACGCAUUCACCGAAGAAGAGAUGCAUGAGAUAGUUGAAAAGAAGAGCAGGCAGGAUCCACUGGAGAUCGAUGAUGAAAUUCUCGAAUAUAUAAACACGUUUUCCAAGAAUUCCACCAUAGAAAUAAGAAAAGCGCUGAACACGAUACAUCCUCGACUUGGAGACAAUUUCAAUCUACAGAAAGAUUUUACCUACGAUCACAUAAGGACAACGGUGGCUGAUUGGUUACGACUUCUUGAGAUGCAACCCAAUUCACUUACUCUAGAUAUGCCAGAAGCUUGGUAUCGCAUCAAUGUUUGGAGAAUGGUCGAUAUUGCGUUUUCGGAUAUUCCAUAUACUUAUGUUAUAGGAGGUGAGAAGGUCGAGUUGAUCAGUUCUGAAAGAAAAAACCGGUACAGGACUCUGUCGAAUAUCGGACUAAUCCAACGAAAAGCAAUUGCAAAAAAGGAAGAUGCGUACAUCAGGACAAUUGGGUCUAUAUCAACCGAUUGGGCGGCGUCAGAAGCAGAUCCGAAGUGGCAGGGUAUGCACGAUACUAAACUAAUGAAGGAAUCUGGGCUGAGCUUGCCAAGAACCUUAAAAGAUAUUUUUAUCCAUCUUGCCGAUAAGAUCAAGUUUGCAGAAGAAAAGUUGAGGAAGUUGAAUGUGAUCGGUUUCGUUCAUACUACCCAGCUGGAUACGUCUGCUGAUACACGAGAGGAGAUCUACUUGGGGUCUACUCAGACAUAA